ACUGGCGAUAACACUUCAACAUUAUCUAACAAAGUUAAAACAUUCAAAACAAAUUUACGUCUUAGUUUUCGAAGCCUUAGUGGAAGAAGUACUAGUAAAAUGCCAACAAAUAGUGAAGUCCCAGACUGCGGUACACUCGUUGUACAAGUAGCGCAAGUUACCGUAGACAUCCUAAUUCUAAUCGUGCAAGUUUUGUACUCAUAUAUUUUGAGUUUAGUCAGUUUAAUAGUUCGGAAGCAGCCAAAAUCGGUCCGGGGAGAGAUCGUUUUGAUAACAGGUGCUGGGCAUGGCAUUGGUAAAGAAUUGGCUCUCCUAUAUGCUUCCCAAGGUGCUACCGUUGUUAUUUGGGACAUCAACGAGAAAAACGGUACCCAAACCGUGAAAGAAAUCGAACAACUUGGAUACCCCAAAGCCUAUUUCUUCCUGUGUGACGUUUCCAAUCGCGAAAACGUCCUAACCGUGGCCAAAGACGUUCAACAAAGCGUCGGUGACGUCACAAUCCUCAUCAACAAUGCCGGGAUCAUGCCCACCCAUCCCUUCCUCGACCAUACCAAAGACGAAAUUCAGAGAAUCAUGGAUAUCAACGUCAUGGCUCACUUUUGGACGCUUGAAGCGUUCCUCCCUGCAAUGAAAAGACACAAUUAUGGACACAUUGUCUCGCUCUCGUCAUCAGCAGGAAUAUUCGGAAUACCAAAUUUGGUGCCUUAUUGUUGCUCAAAGUACGCAGUUCGAGGCUUGAUGGAAGCCCUCUUCCAGGAAUGCAGAGCCGACAAAAAGAACGAAAUCAAGUUCACUUCGAUUUACCCCUACAUGGUUGACACAGGGUUGUGCAAAAAACCCGUCAUCAAGUUUCAUAAUUUAAUGCCUUUGGUUAACCCCAAAGAAGCAGCGGCCGAGAUUAUGGACGCGCAGAGAAGGGAACAGAAUGAGAUUACUAUUCCGAGAUAUAUUUUCUACGCUCAUAACUUGUGCCGGAUGCUCCCCCUCAAGGCCCAGUUGUUCAUUUUUGAUUUUAUUGGAGUCGCAUUGGAGUCAGACUUGUCGUAAAAAUUGUUUUUGUUUCUUGUUGUUAGUAUAGGGUAGAUAGUGACCAGUGAUAAUAAAAUUAUUAAUAGAUAAA